AUGAGUGGACUUAGCAAUAUGAUGAAAGAGGGCUGGCACCCUAAAGCAAAAGAUGGGAAGAGUAAAGAGAGCUGGCGUGGGGACUUUAAAGGAAUCAAUCAAGUGGCAGGAUGGAUGGGCAAAGGCAAAGAUCCCAGCUCCGACCAAAGUGAACAUGUCGCACAACCCCUCUCAUCACUCAAGGACCCAUCGGCCUUUGCACCACCCCCGAAACAUAUCAAUUACCAUGGCGCAGCGGCCUUGCCCAAUGAGACGACACCAGAUCGACGAGGCCUAGGAGCUCCUCUAUCUCACGAGCAGGUGGAGCAGCAACAAUAUAUACAACAGCAACAAGCAGCUGAAGAAGAGGAGGCUGCUCAGAAGCCUAAGGGGCCACCGGUACCAUAUCGCGUGAACACGACGGGAUUGACUACAGACAACCUCCCUCCUCCCCCAGUGCGACGCAUGGACUCGCCAAGUUCAUCAACGGCCUCAACCGGGAGACAAAACCCACCAAUCCCUGCAAAGCCAAGCGGCGCAAAGCCAAAACCUCAGCUACCUCCUCGACUUCCUCCACGCAAUGGAUCGCCUGCGCAGGACCCCUCUCCUCCCCCGCCGGCCUAUUCGUCUGUUCCACCAUCUCCUUCCCAGGGGUAUAUAAACCAGGGUGCGGCCUCGCGCCUCGCCAAUGCCGGUGUUUCAGUUCCUGCAUUUGGAAUUGGAGGAGCGACUGGUACAUCUCAAGCUUCGCCAGCUGCAAGCGAGAAGCCUGUCAAUGAAUUACAGUCUCGGUUUUCGCAAUUGCGCACUGAUUCGAAUACUUCAUCCAAGGCGUCCCAACCAUAUGUACCAGCUCCACGCCCAAUGAAUUCAGACGACCAUCUCCCACCUGCCCAAGGAUUUCGCGACCGUCAUGCCGAUAAAAUUGAUUUUGGCAAGAAGACAUUGGGUGGUGUGACAUCGCGGAUCAAUACCUUUGUGGACGAUCGCAAGUUUUCAGCCAACGCGAACAAACGAAUGCCCCGGCCACCAGGUCCAAACUCGCCGGCGACGAACCCGCCGACACCUUCCAGGAGUUCUACAUCCACAUCUUUGGAGGCACAGGCGCGUAUGAAACCACCACCUCCCCCACCCAAGCGGGCAGAGAUAAGAGCUGCACCCAUUGCAAACAGCGGUGAUGCUUCGCCAGAGUCGUCAUCCCCCGCGCCACCACCUGUACCAUUAAGCACCAAGCCCCGCUAA